AUGUCCGCCUCGAACUCCAACCAACAUCCCCCCACCUCUCUCAAUGACCACCCACCACAAUCAAAUGCGAACGCCCACAUCGAUCCGAAUAAUAGCUACACAGCAAACGAUAACCAGCUCGCUGGCUUAGUGGAAGCUGCAACCGCCGCGGCCGAUCAAGACCAGGAUUUGUCGCAUUGGGCUGCCGCAGCUGCAGCAACCGCUGCAAGCCACCAGCAAUUGGAUGCUUAUGGCGGGGAUAUGCAUCUUGGAGAGGAUGGGUUCGGCGAUACAAAUUUCGGUGGUGGCAUAGGAAGUGGCAGGCACCUAAGGGUCCCGAAUGAGCAUUCUCAAGACUCAGGCCUGUCUCGCACUGUGUCGAAAAAGCGCAAAAGGAACGAUGAGAAUCUGGAUCCUGCCUUGGCUGGACCUGGCGUGUCUGGCUCUCAGCAGCAACGCUCGCAGUCAGGUCUCAAAGGAUCGCAUCUCUAUGCGGGCGAAAACGGGGAUGUCCACCCACAAUUCGUGCAGUCUUUGCAUGAAGCUCGCGCUGUAGGUGUACACUCAGCUGCAGCACUGUUUCGCCAGCCCUCCACCAAUAAGAAAUACACUCGCCCGCCAAUGUCUAAACUCUUUGCUUCGCUUGAAUUGACACCGGAGAAUUUCCUCCACCUUCAAGCAGCCGCUAAGGUGUUCAUGCUUGAUGACGAUCAUCCCGAUCGGCGAGAAUGUGUAGGUCAACGUGGUAAAGGAGAUACUGAGAUGGUUAAAUUGCGUCUGUGGAACUGUGUCAAGCACUUCCUGGAGGCUGAGGGUCAUGGCGAACGAUUCUUCGGAGAGAAUGCGGCGACCGACACCCCAAAUCCGCGAACUUACAUCUGGCCUCGCGAUCAGCAGAAGAUUAUUUCUUUAGUUAUUCCAUUACUGCGAAGAAUGGUUACCAAUGAACGACAACGCCAAUAUGCGAUUGAAACCCGUAGAGGUGGUGCACCGGACGACCGUCGCCGACGUCAAACAAACGAAGGUUUCCAAGACAGUUUUUCGCCUGAUCAACAACUGCAAAUGCAUGAACAAGAUAACCGAGCCAAGGGUGUGGACCAAACAAUCCAAUCAUCAUCAACUGGUCAAAACCACCAAGAUCCAAUAGAUCCUACACAGAUCAUGGAUCUUGGUUUAACUGACCUUCUCCUGGAUGGAUACACCAUGGAUUGGAACGACUUUGCUAAGUCCUACGAGAUGUACAAUCAAGGAUACGAACUGGACAACCUGUGGUCCUUGUCCGGACUUCAGCAACCUCAAUGGCAUGGGCUGGUCGCAGCUGUGGACAGUCACUACCGUGUGGUCCACAACGGCGAAUAUGACUGUCCGGGCCCCUGCGAAGAUGCCAAUGUCAAUCGCAUCAUUCAUGCAGACUCAACCAUGGGCCUUCCUUGGCGUAUCGGCGGCGAACGUAACAUCCCAGCACGAGAUGAUUUUGCGAGCAGUAUUACUCGAGAUGUCUCGCGCAUCAUUCGAGAGAACAUUGCCACCAGACAGGGCGGCCCUACGACACACGUAUCAGCCCCAGACCACCAAUUCCACCAUCAGCCAUUUGUUCCUAUCGCACCCUCAACAAACAUCUCCAACAACCAAACAUAUGUCCGCAUUAAUAUCCUCCAGAAAGGAAAACGCAUCCUUCCUCGAUUCGAUAUCCCAGCUGCGCAGUGCCCCAAUACCGAAAGGCUAAAACAAGCUAUUAUGCGCCGCUACCCAACCCAAAUCCCAGGCCUCUCCUUCCUGCAGGAUCCCGACAACGUUGAUCCCGUUACUCAACAGGCACGAGAUGCUGCGAGUUCCUACUGGAGAACCAGAGUUUUACUUCCCGAGGGACUUGUCACCAUUCAUAAUGAAAAAGAAUGGACAAUUGCCCUCCUGUCUGCUGAUACUGUAGACUGGAUGGAUGGGGAACUGAAGGUACUCGUGGAGGUCGAUUCGAACAGUUCGCAGUAG